UGCAGAUUGGCUUCACUGCCAGUCGGUCGAUGUUGUAACUUAAUCGGACGUGUGAAGUAACCAAGCUGAACUGUUUUAAAUGUAAAAGUUGCAAUAAACAACUUGCCGUACGACCAGUAUCGUUUCUCGAGUCACGCGAGUUGGUCUUGCUACACCAUACCACAAUGAAACUUUUAAUUUUCCUGGGUGCAUGUGGCAUGCUUUGCCAUGCAGCCUCAUCCCAAACUCGUGAUCCUCCAGGACCAAUCGAGAACUUCAUAAGGACUAAUUUCGUUGGACAUCCAGUAAUCCACGAUCAGCAAACUUGGAUAUUUGACCCAGAUAUUUCUUUAAAAAGAAGGAAGCAGUUCGUGGAACUCAAUGGCGAUAAAUCUGUGUAUUUAAUUGAACGAUUGGGUCUAGGAAUAGAUGGUCGUGCUGAUGAAAGACUGGCGAAGCAGAGACAACGCGAUGAAGGACAUUUGGGUGGUUUAAACUAUUUUCAACCUUAAUACUUUUUGCUAGUGCCUUCUUGGUUACAGGGUUUUUGGGGGAGGUUUUAAGAACUUACCUGAACCAAAGAGUUAUUGUGUAUUGUGGUUACUUGUUAUGAAGUGGAAAACGGUGAUGAGACAAACUACUGACUGAAGACAAAAUAAAUAAGUUAAUGUACUAAUCAAAUGAAAAUCAUUUGUAUACACCCAACUACUACUAUACAUAAAUUAACAACAAUUAUUAUUUAAGUUAAAAUGUACCCUAGUUUACAUUUUCUGUUAUAAAAUUAAAACGUGGUGUUUUUAAUGUUCCUUUGUUAAUUAGAGAGAAUAAUCGAAUCAUAUUAUUUUUGUUUAAC